AUCCUGCGCACAUUCAUCCCUCACAAGAACAGCGGACUCCAGCCAUGGCAGAAUUGGAGACGCGUCAGAGGCUGCUGCGCAGCGUCAAGAAGGAGGUCAAGCAGAUCAUGGAGGAGGCCGUGACACGCAAGUUUGUGCAUGAAGACAGCAGUCACAUAUUCUCUUUCUGCGGUNNGGUGGAAGCGUGUGUUCUUCACGGCCUGAAGCGACGGGCCGCUGGAUUCCUGCGCAGCAACAAGCUGGCGGCUCUCUUCAUGAAGAUGGGGAAGAUGUUUCCACCAGCCGAGGAACUCUGCAGAAAAGUUCAGGAACUGGAGCAAAUCAUCGAGAACAAACAAAACCAGGGUCAGACGAGUCAAGAGAGCGUCCGGAAACAGCCCCGGCCUCCAAACCUGUCGCCGCUGGCCGUCAAACACCUGUGGAUCCGCGCGGCCCUCACAGAGAAGCUGCUGGACAAAAUCGUCCUGUAUUUGGUGGAGAACAGCAGCAAGUUUUAUGAAAGAGAAGCUCUUCUGAGAGAUCCAGUUGACGGCCCAAUCCUCGCAUCUUUGCUUGUCGGUCCCUGUGCUUUGGAGUACACAAAAGCCAAGACGGCCAAUCAUUUCUGGACGGAUCCGUCGGCUGAUGAACUGGUGCAGAGACACCGCAUACACAGCGGACACUGCCGCCAGGAUUCCCCCACCAAACGCCCGGCUCUCGUAAGAUGCCCUGCAGUUACAGCUUUUCUCAGCUGCUUCCACACAAAAUCUUUCCUUGUCACGCAAUUUCUGAAAACUGAGACUCAAACAGCAGAAGCACACACAAAUAUCCCCCAGCGACUCAACACUGCUUUUGUGCUGCAGAGACAGAAGACAUGCCGUAGAUUGAGUGCGAAACAGCAAAGUUUUCAUCAUUUAAAGGACUUUGCGUAUCAAAUAUGAUGCAGUAGCUUUAAAGGGUUAAAGCAAGUCCUCACAUUGGCUUGAUGUCUGAAGGUUUGUCUGCGGUGUCUGUGUGCAGUGGGCAGUGGAGGUACUGUGGUUUUGGUCAGUCAGGACGGGAUCCAGAGGCCUCCGCUUCGCUUUCCUAAAGGCGGUCACCUGCUGCAGUUCCUCACGUGUCUGGAGACGGGCCUCCUUCCUCGCGGACAGUUAGAUCCUCCGCUCUGGUCCCAAAGAGGAAAGGGAAAAGUGUUUCCAAAGCUGCGUAAAAGAAGUCCACAUGAAUCCAGCGAGUCGUUCUCGGACAAAGAGGAAGACGAGGCCACUGAUUAUGUGUUUCGGAUCAUAUUUCCUGGCAUUCAGGAGUUCGUGGCACCGGAGCUGAUGGAUCAGACGGUGAACAUGUGGCAGCCCACGCCUAGGAAGUCGUCUUGUUCCUCCUGUUUGCAGAACGGCUCGUCGGAGGGCGGCCUUCCCAACGGAUGCAACCAUGACAGGGCUCCGCUGAAGCUGCUCUGCGAGACCAUGAAGCACCAGAUCAUCUCCCGCGCUUUCUAUGGCUGGCUGGCGUACUGCCGUCACCUGUCCACCGUCCGCACGCACCUGUCUGCUCUGGUGAACCCCGCUAUCAUUGAGCCCGACAUCCCCUAUGAUGCCAGAAGCGGUCUGUCCGCAGAAGUGUGGAAGACCUUUCUACAGGACAGCACUGCGUACGAGGAGAAGGAGCUGCUCCGGCUGGUGUAUUAUGGCGGAGUGGAGCCGACUCUGCGUAAGGAGGUCUGGCCCUUCCUUCUGGGCCACUAUCACUUCAGCAUGAGCCUCACAGAGCGCAAAGAGAUGGACGAGCAGGUUCGAGCCUGUUAUGAGCAGACCAUGAGCGAGUGGCUGGGAUGUGAAGCCAUCGUGCGUCAGCGGGAGAAGGAGCAGCACGCCGCCGCUCUGGCCAAAUGCGCAUCGGGCGCCAGCGUGGACCGUGGCUCGCGCCAGGACUCCACCAUCAGCACAGACUCGUCUCAGAGCAGCAGCUCCGAGAAACAGAGUCACGCCGGAUCACACAGCGACUCCAACAGCAGCACUCAGGUGUUCGGCUCUGUAGACGAGGUGGACCCGAUCGAAUCUGAGCCCAAACCCAAAGACGAGAAGCUGCAGCCCAAAAUUCCAAACGGCACUCUGCCCAACUGCACCAGUUCUCCAGACUCCGGACACCCGUCAUCCCGUAACUUCUCCGUGACCUCGGUGCUCUCAGACUGCUCUCCCAGCACAGAUGAGACAUCCACACAAGAGUCGGGGCCCAAAACCGCAGGCCGAGAGCCACCGUCAGGAGAUCAGACGGAAGAGAAGACCAAAGAGGAGCGACCAGAAAACAGCUACACUACUCAGCACACGGUCAAAGAAGAUGUGGAGGUUUCACAAACAGAGUGCGUUGCCUCAGAAGCUGCGAUAAAACCUUUAGAAAGUGACAAACUCCAGACUUUGAAUUCAGAAGAAGAAAAACCCCAGACUUUGAAUUCAGAAGAAGAAAAACCCCAGACUUUGAAUGCAGAAGACGACAAACCCCAGACUUUGAAUGCAGAAGAUGACAAACCCCAGACUUUGAAUGCAGAAGAUGACAAACCCCAAACUUUGAAUGCAGAAGAUAAACUCCAGACUUUGAAUUCAGAAGAUAAACUCCAGACUUUGAAUGCAAAAGACAAACCCCAGACUUUGAAUGCAAAAGACAAACUCCAGACUUUGAAUUCAGAAGACGACAAACCCCAGACUUUGAAUGCAAAUGAUAAACUCCAGACUUUGAAUGCAAAAGACAAACCCCAGACUUUGAAUUCAGAAGAUAAACUCCAGAGUUUGAAUUCAGAAGAAGACAAACUCCAGACUUUGCAGACUUUGAAUUCAGAAGAAGACAAACUCCAGACUUUGAAUUCAGAAGAAGACAAACUCCAGACUUUGAAUUCAGAAGAAACAUCUAAGACAGAAAUGCAUGAGGCGGCAGAUUCAGAGGAUGUUGCAAACUCAAAAAAAAACGCAACUGAUUUGUCUGAAAGAGAAACUAAAAUGCAAAACAGUGCUGGAAAAUCUGAACAAAAGGACAUGAAUGAAUCACAACAGGAUCCUGUUGAAGAAACCACCAAAUCCUCAGAGUCAAAAGAGGUUGAGAUUAAAGAUCCAGGACAUGCGUCUUCUCCGUCUGGAGAAGAAAACCCCAAAUCAAAAGCAGACCCAGAAGCGUAUAUGAAAAUGGAUGAAGGCCAAGAUGCCAAAUCUGAUCCACAGCAGUCGCUGGACGUUACAAAAAUCUCUCAAAUGGAUGAAAACAAACCUGAAUGUUUAUCUGAAGCACAGACUAUAAUACGAACACCGAAUGAAGCCAUCAGUGCGCCGCAAACGAUCGGCUGGGAUGCCGGUCGAUCCAUAAUCAAACAGAUCACCGAAUCAGAGUCGGAGAGCUGCGGCCCCAUCACCUCCUUAUCGAAACAAUCUCCGGACAUGUCUGACGACUCGCCCUCGGCGCUGGAAAUGGAGGAGAUUGCUUCGUCUGUGGUUUAUAUGUCCUUGGAAAGCAGCGUGUCCAGGACGCCUCUGACUUUGGCUCGUCCCGUGGCGCCUGCUCUGGAGCUCUGCAUGGAGCCGAGUAUCAACACCAGUCCGGAGGGAACAGACUCGGCGCUCUCCGAGGAGGAACCGGAGAUGGGCAACUCAUCCCCCAAACCAGACUCUCUAGCCGUCACAGGAGACAAGAACGACAUCGCGUCUCCAGUGUCGUCUAUUGGGACCACCUACUCGCAGGAGCUGGUGGACCUUUACACACUUAAUCUGCACCGCAUUGACAAAGACGUCCAUCGAUGUGACAGAAACUACUGGUAUUUCACCCCGGAAAACCUGGAGAAACUGCGCAACAUCAUGUGCAGUUACGUUUGGCAGCACCUUGACAUUGGAUACGUCCAGGGAAUGUGUGACUUACUCGCGCCCCUGCUGGUCAUCCUGGAUGAUGAGGCCAUGGCCUUCAGCUGCUUCACUGAGCUCAUGAAACGAAUGAACCAGAACUUCCCUCACGGAGGAGCCAUGGACACACACUUCGCCAACAUGCGCUCCCUCAUCCAGAUUCUGGACUCGGAGCUGUUCGAGCUGAUGCAGCAGAACGGCGAUUACACACACUUCUACUUCUGCUACCGCUGGUUCCUCCUGGACUUCAAGAGAGAAAUGGUGUACGACGACGUGUUCUCGGUGUGGGAGACCAUCUGGGCCGCACGGUUCGCCUCCUCGGAGCACUUCGUGCUGUUUAUCACGCUGGCGCUGGUGGAGCUGUACCGCGACAUCAUCCUGGAGAACAACAUGGACUUCACAGACAUCAUCAAGUUCUUCAACGAAAUGGCUGAGCAUCACGACGUCCCGAAGCUGCUGCUCAUGGCCCGAGAGCUGGUGAACAAGGUCCAGAUCCUGAUUGAGAACAAGUGAACAGACUUCCAUUAGCAAUCUGAAGACGCUCAGUGUCAUUAAACAAACCCUCAGCUCAAGUAAAUGCCAAACUAGUGUUGUUUUCAUCUGCCCAGACUUAAUAUUAUUAUAUUUUAGAUUAAUUUAUAGCGAAUGCAUAUUGAAAUAGGAAGUUGGGGGCGGGACAAAUCGCUCAUCUGAUCGGCCAAAAAUGCAUAACAUUUUAGUUAUGGACUCAAAGCUAAACUAAUUUUAAUUUCAUGUAGUCGGUAAGAGUAAACAUGACUGAGAAUAUAUAAGAGAUGAAGAGAGAUAUUAUAGUAAAAAAUUUAGGAUACUCUGAGAAUAGUUUUAUACGAGGUCGUGGCUAUGAAAUAUAUAAAGAUGAUCUAUGAAUGGCAGGGAUGGCGUGCACCCUUUCUAAGACAGAUUUUCUAAAAGCACAAAGUAUUAAAAAAUAAUGCUGUAUAUUUAUUUAUUUUUUUAAACGUGUGAAAAUUAAGACAAUUAUUAUUGCAGAUGUUUCGCAUACACACGUCACGUCAUGAUGUUUGCACAGAAAAAGAGAAGGCACCUGUUUGCGUCGGUGAAGAAAGUGAUUUGUGUGUCAUUUUCAGCUGAUUGGGAGAAUCUCGCCUCAUAUUUCACCUCUAAAUACAAAGGAAAAAAUGAGAAAUGUUAAUUGCAUUCUAUUUUUAGGACCAUUAACGCGUUUGAAUAUUUGUGAAAAUUUAGUUAAUCAUUAUUGUAAUGCGUUUUUUUGUUUUGUUUAUAAAGUAAAUGAUGUAGAAUAAAUAUUACCAUGA